AUGGCUAUCCAAGUUUACAAUGACCACCUAGAAGUGUCUGAUAAAGACUUCGACAAGCUUAGGGAUCUAGUCACUGAGGCUAAAAGUCUAUCAUAUUGUCCUUAUUCCAAGUUUAGGGUUGCUAGCUGCGUAUUAACCGAAUCGGGAGACUUCAUCACUGGAGUGAAUGUCGAAAAUGCUUCAUAUGGUGCAGGAAUUUGCGCUGAGAGAGCAGCUAUUUCAAGAGCAGUGAGCCAAGGUCAUAGAAAAUUUAGAGCCAUUGCAAUUGCAGCAGAUACACCUAAGCCUAUUGUGCCUUGUGGAAUAUGUCGACAGUUUAUGCGGGAGUUCAAUGAAGAUAUUGUGCUUUUCCUCUUCAGUAAGGAAUCAGAUCACAUUAAGGUCUAUUUGAAGGAUCUUCUUCCUUUGAGCUUUGGGCCAGAGGACUUAGGCAUUGAAAUAAAGUAA